AUGAUUUCUUUGUCUUCCACUUAUGUUUUAGGAGGGCCAAACAUGUGGGCCAUUACCUCUGAAGAACGUACUAAGCAUGACAAGCAGUUUGAUAACCUCAAACCUUCAGGAGGUUACAUAACAGGUGACCAAGCACGUACUUUUUUCCUACAAUCGGGUCUGCCGGCUCCUGUUUUAGCUGAAAUAUGGGCUUUGUCAGACUUGAACAAGGAUGGCAAGAUGGAUCAGCAGGAAUUCUCCAUAGCUAUGAAGCUCAUCAAACUAAAGCUUCAAGGCCAGCAGUUGCCCAUGGUUCUUCCUCCUAUUAUGAAACAACCUCCUAUGUUCUCCCCAUUAAUUUCUGCUCGUUUUGGAAUGGGAAGCAUGCCCAAUCUGUCCAUUCCUCAGCCAUUGCCUCCAGUUGCACCUAUAGCAACACCCUUGUCCUCUGCGACUUCAGGGACCAGCCUUCCUCCCUUAAUGAUGCCCACUCCCCUAGUGCCUUCUGUUAGCACAUCAUCAUUACCAAAUGGAACUGCCAGUCUCAUUCAGCCUUUAUCCAUUCCUUAUUCUUCUUCAACAUUGCCUCAUACAUCAUCUUACAGUCUGAUCAUGGGAGGAUUUGGAGGUGCUAGUAUACAGAAGGCCCAGUCUCUGAUUGAUUUAGGAUCUAGUAGAAUCUUAGAUUUUGUGAAAUAUGGUUUUCAAGCUAGAAAUGCUCUUCUUCAGUCAAAUCUUUCUCAAACUCAGCUAGCUACUAUUUGGACUCUGGCUGACAUUGAUGGUGAUGGACAGCUAAAAGCAGAAGAGUUUAUCCUUGCAAUGCACCUCACUGACAUGGCCAAAGCUGGACAGCCAUUACCGCUGACUUUACCUCCUGAACUUGUCCCUCCAUCUUUUCGAGCAGGAAAACAAAUUGAUUCCAUUAAUGGAACUCUGCCUUCUUAUCAGAAAAUACAAGAAGAGGAACCUCAGAAGAAAUUACCAGUUACUUUUGAGGACAAGCGGAAAGCCAACUACGAGCGAGGGAACAUGGAACUGGAGAAGCGACGCCAGGCCUUGAUGGAGCAGCAGCAGAGGGAGGCAGAACGUAAAGCCCAGAAAGAAAAGGAAGAGUGGGAACGAAAACAGAGAGAAUUACAAGAACAAGAAUGGAAGAAACAACUUGAAUUAGAAAAACGCUUGGAGAAACAGAGGGAAUUGGAGCGACAGCGAGAGGAAGAAAGGAGAAAAGAGAUAGAAAGACGAGAGGCAGCAAAACAGGAACUUGAACGACAACGUCGUUUAGAAUGGGAAAGAAUUCGUCGACAGGAACUUCUCAAUCAAAAGAACAGAGAACAAGAAGAAAUUGUCAGGUUAAAUUCUAAAAAGAAGAGUCUUCAUCUUGAGUUGGAAGCACUGAAUGGCAAACAUCAACAGAUCUCAGGCAGACUUCAAGAUGUCCGACUGAGAAAGCAAACUCAAAAGACUGAGCUGGAAGUUCUGGAUAAGCAGUGUGACCUGGAAAUUAUGGAAAUCAAGCAACUUCAACAGGAACUUCAGGAAUAUCAAAAUAAGCUUAUCUAUCUGGUACCUGAGAAGCAAUUAUUAAAUGAAAGAAUUAAAAACAUGCAGCUCAAUAACACACCUGAUUCAGGGAUCAGUUUACUUCAUAAAAAAUCAUUAGAAAAGGAAGAACUAUGCCAAAGACUUAAAGAACAGUUAGAUGCUCUUGAAAAAGAAACUGCUUCAAAGCUAUCAGAAAUGGAUUCUUUUAACAAUCAACUAAAGGAACUGAGAGAAAGCUAUAAUACACAACAGUUAGCCCUUGAACAACUUCAUAAGAUCAAACGUGACAAAUUGAAGGAAAUUGAAAGAAAAAGAUUAGAGCUGAUCCAGAAAAAGAAACUAGAAGAUGAGGCUGUAAGGAAAGCCAAGCAAGGAAAAGAAAAUUUAUGGAGGGAAAGUCUUAGAAAGGAGGAAGAAGAAAAACAAAAGCGACUCCAGGAAGAAAAAACACAAGAAAAAAUUCAAGAAGAUGAACGGAAAGUUGAGGAGAAACAAUGUGAGACAGCUAGUGUUUUGGUGAAUUAUAGAGCAUUAUACCCCUUUGAAGCAAGGAACCAUGAUGAGAUGAGUUUUAAUUCUGGGGAUAUAAUUCAGGUUGAUGAAAAAACCGUAGGAGAACCUGGUUGGCUUUAUGGUAGUUUUCAAGGAAGUUUUGGCUGGUUUCCAUGCAACUAUGUAGAAAAAAUGCCAUCAGGAGAAAAAGCUGUGUCUCCUAAGAAGGCCUUACUUCCUCCUACAGUAUCUUUACCUGCUACCUCAACUUCUUUUGAACCACUUCCUUCAAAUCAACCAGCAUCAGUGACUGAUUAUCAAAAUGUAUCUUUCUCAAACUUAAGCGUUAAUACAUCAUGGCAGAAAAAAUCAGCCUUCACUCGCACUGUGUCCCCUGGCUCUGUAUCACCUAUUCAUGGACAGGGACAGGUUGUAGAAAACCUAAAAGCACAGGCCCUUUGUUCCUGGACUGCAAAGAAAGAUAAUCACCUGAACUUCUCAAAACAUGAUAUUAUUACUGUCUUGGAGCAGCAAGAAAAUUGGUGGUUUGGGGAGGUGCACGGAGGAAGAGGAUGGUUUCCAAAAUCUUAUGUUAAGAUCAUUCCUGGGAGUGAAGUAAAGCGAGAAGAGCCAGAAGCUUUGUAUGCAGCUGUAAAUAAGAAACCUACCUCUGCAGCCUAUCCAGUUGGAGAAGAAUAUAUUGCACUUUAUCCAUAUUCAAGUGUGGAACCUGGAGAUUUGACUUUCACUGAAGGUGAAGAAAUAUUGGUGACCCAGAAAGAUGGAGAGUGGUGGACAGGAAGUAUUGGAGAUAGAACUGGAAUUUUUCCGUCCAACUAUGUCAAACCAAAAGAUCAAGAGAGUUUUGGGAGUGCCAGCAAAUCUGGAGCAUCUAACAAAAAACCUGAGAUUGCUCAAGUAACUUCAACAUAUGUUGCUUCUGGCUCUGAACAACUUAGCCUUGCACCAGGGCAGUUAAUAUUAAUUCUAAAGAAAAAUACAAGUGGGUGGUGGCAAGGGGAGUUACAGGCCAGAGGAAAAAAGCGACAGAAGGGAUGGUUUCCUGCCAGCCAUGUUAAACUUUUGGGUCCAAGUAGUGAAAGAACCACACCUGCCUUUCAUCCUGUCUGUCAGGUGAUCGCCAUGUAUGACUAUGUAGCGAAUAAUGAGGAUGAGCUCAAUUUCUCCAAGGGACAACUUAUUAAUGUUAUGAACAAAGAUGAUCCUGACUGGUGGCAAGGAGAAAUCAAUGGGGUGACUGGUCUCUUUCCUUCAAACUAUGUUAAGAUGACGACAGACUCUGAUCCAAGUCAACAGUGGUGUGCUGAUCUCCAAACCCUGGACACAAUGCAGCCAAUUGAGAGGAAAAGACAGGGCUACAUUCAUGAGCUGAUUCAGACUGAAGAGCGGUACAUGGAUGACCUCCAGCUUGUCAUCGAGGUGUUUCAGAAACGGAUGGCGGAGUCAGGCUUUCUCAAUGAAGGAGAAAUGGCCUUGAUCUUUGUUAACUGGAAGGAGCUCAUCAUGUCUAACACAAAGCUGCUGAAGGCCUUGCGGGUACGGAAGAAGACUGGGGGUGAGAAGAUGCCUGUGCAGAUGAUUGGGGACAUACUGGCGGCUGAGCUGUCCCACAUGCAGGCAUACAUCCGGUUCUGCAGCUGUCAGCUGAACGGAGCAGCUCUGUUACAGCAGAAGACAGAUGAAGACACAGACUUCAAAGAAUUUUUAAAGAAGCUGGCGUCUGACCCUCGGUGUAAAGGGAUGCCCCUGUCCAGCUUCCUGCUGAAGCCCAUGCAGAGGAUCACCCGCUACCCUCUGCUCAUCAGAAGCAUUCUGGAGAAUACCCCGGAGCAUCACGUGGACCAUUCCUCCCUGAAGCUGGCCCUCGAGCGGGCAGAGGAGCUUUGCUCGCAAGUUAACGAGGGAGUUCGGGAGAAGGAAAAUUCAGACCGGCUGGAGUGGAUUCAGGCGCACGUCCAGUGCGAAGGGCUCGCGGAGCAACUUAUUUUCAAUUCCCUCACCAAUUGCCUGGGGCCCCGGAAGCUUUUGCACAGUGGGAAAUUAUACAAGACCAAGAGCAAUAAGGAACUGCACGGAUUCCUCUUCAAUGACUUCCUGCUUCUCACCUACAUGGUCAAGCAGUUUGCUGUUUCCUCCGGCUCCGAGAAACUUUUCAGCUCUAAGUCCAAUGCUCAGUUCAAAAUGUAUAAAACGCCCAUUUUCCUGAAUGAAGUCCUGGUGAAACUGCCCACAGACCCUUCCAGCGAUGAGCCUGUCUUCCACAUUUCCCACAUUGAUCGGGUCUACACCCUCCGGACAGACAACAUUAACGAGAGGACGGCCUGGGUCCAGAAGAUCAAAGCAGCGUCUGAGCAGUACAUCGACACUGAAAAGAAGAAACGAGAGAAGGCUUAUCAAGCCCGCUCUCAGAAGACUUCCGGCAUCGGGCGCCUGAUGGUACAUGUCAUCGAAGCUACAGAAUUAAAAGCCUGUAAACCAAAUGGAAAGAGCAAUCCAUACUGCGAAAUCAGCAUGGGCUCCCAGAGCUACACCACCAGAACCAUCCAGGACACGUUAAAUCCCAAGUGGAAUUUUAACUGCCAGUUCUUUAUUAAGGAUCUUUACCAAGAUGUGCUAUGUCUCACCAUGUUUGACAGAGACCAGUUUUCACCAGAUGAUUUCCUGGGUCGUACUGAAGUUCCAGUGGCAAAAAUUCGAACGGAACAGGAAAGCAAAGGCCCUGUGACCCGCCGACUGCUGCUGCACGAGGUCCCCACCGGGGAGGUCUGGGUCCGCUUUGACCUGCAGCUCUUUGAGCAGAAGACUCUCCUGUAGGGCACCUGGGAGGAGGCACCAGGGGACCUGCCCCCAAGGCUGAGGCUGGAGAAUGAGAUACCGCGCCUCCCGGGCUGAGGGAGCGUCACGCGGCUUCAUCCGUCACAAAGCCACGCACGCUGGCACCUCUAUUUUAUUGCACACUAAAUCGCUAGCGGUCUAUGCAAACAUCAUCUUCCCUAUAAUAAACCAAAACCUAUAGCACAGUGCCUUGUAUAGUGUUAACCUGUUCAGCUGUGUUUAGAUGCCAGGGUUUCCAUUUUCAGGGCUAUAAAAAGUAUUAUGUGGAAAUGAGGCAUCAGACCACCAGACAUCACCACUUGGUUGAAUGUGUCCACUGUGGAGUGGUUUGGUGACACUGUAACCAUUCCAUGCCAUGUGACCUCUGCCAGGUCACAGCCACUCAGGAGGGGGGUGGGGUGAAAUGCUGCAGGCUCAGGGCUGGAGCAGCCUGACGCUGAAGUAGCGCCUACUUGUGCACUGAACAAACACAGAAACUUGAUCAUUUUUUUCCUGAUUAGAUUUUAUCAUUCUCUGCUAAGACAAUAUAGUUUGAAAUAUAAGCUUGAUUUACUUUAAAUACUGUGAACUCUAAUAAUGUGGAAAAUAUUUUUCAACUUUUAAGUUUCUGAAGUAUAAAUUAUUUAUGUAAAUUCCUUGUUUUGCAUAUUUCAUAGGACAUGCAUCUUUAAGCUUUAUCAUUGCCAACAUGUACAGAAAGAGAAUAAAAAUGUAAGUUUAUGAAUG